AUGGCGGUGCAAGAGAUUCGAAAGGUGGUGGGCGAGAUUGGACCGGAGAAUGUCGUGCAUAUAGUCACCGAUAAUGGCUCGAAUUACAAGAAAGCUUGCAAGGCACUAGGAGAGGUGUAUGAACACAUUCUUUGGACACCUUGUCUAGCACACACCGUCAAUUUGAUGUUGAAGGAUAUAGCUCGAAGGCCCGAACAUUCUGGUACGAUCAAGCAAUGCAAGCGAAUUUCUAAUUGGUUACACAAUCAUGGUCAGUUGAAUACAAUGAUGAGGAACGCAAUCGGUGGUGAGUUGGUCAAGUGGAAUGCCACUCGAUUUGGAACCAAUUACAUGUUCUUAGAGAGCAUCUAUCGGAAACGUGAUCGUUUCAUGCAGUGGAUGGCAUCUACUGAGUUUUUACAAAGCAAAUGGGCAGAUACCGAAGAUGGUCGAUUUACUCAUUCCAGGUUUUCAAAUUUGGAGUGGUGGGACGGAUUGAAAUAUGUCAUCGACACAGUUCAAGCAAUAUACAAGAUCCUUCGCUUCACUGAUCAGGACAAGCGGCCCAACAUGUGCGAAGUCGUGAUGUCGUACCAGAAUACGAGACAGGAGCUGCAAUCUUUCUUUGGAAAUAAUGUUUCCACUCGGGACGAGUAUCUUAAGGUUAUGGACGAUAGGAUGCGUGACCUUUUCAUAGGCACGUAUGUGGGUCCAGCUGCUGUCCUAAAUCCGAGGUAUUCAUACACGAUGGAACCAACUCAAGAAAUGUUUCGUGGACUCAAGGAUACAUUUGAGCGCAUGACGGAUGUCCAGAGCGCCGUGCAGGCAUUGCAGGAGCUUGAGGUGUUUCGGCAGAAGGUUGGCGAGUUUGGCAGUGAAAUGGCAAUGAGAAUGGCGAUGGAUCCAAAGACAUCCCCAUCGUCCUGGUGGAUGAUGUUCGGAUCAAGCAAUCCAAAGCUGCAGUAUCUUGCCAUGCGGCUUGUUUCACAAUGUUGUUCGUCCAGUGGAUGCGAGCGCAACUGGAGUACUUUUGACUUGCUGCAUACAAAAGUUCGCAAUCGAUUGUCGCACAAGAAACUUAACAAGCUGGUCUAUGUCAACUACAACCUUCGUCUGUGACUAGAGGAGGUCUCCGGCCCACCGAUACAUGAAGAAGGUGAUUUUAUCGACCAGCUGGCCCAUCUUUCAUUUUAUGAUGAGAAUAAUCCGGUGCGGGAAUGGAUGGAAUAUGGUCGAUCUAACCGCGCUCCAGUUCUGGACGAGGAUGAUGAUGACGGAGACGUCCCUCUCCCGUCUCAUAUUGUCAGGGAUCAAAUAAACCUCUCAGAUCUACGUGACACUAUGGGGGAUGCUUGCAUCAGCGAUUGGGCACGUAGACAUGUGGGUGACACUCACCUAGGGAAGAGGAAAUUCCAGAGGGGGCAUACGAAGGGUGACUCGAAGCGUCAAAAACAAAAAGGAAAAGCAACAGCAAAUUCAGUGAACAGCGACACGUCCACAGAUGAUGGCGAUGGUGAGCGUAGUCCACCGUAUCAAGAGACUGGGGAUAGCAGCUCCGCUGGUGAUGGUGACGGUAGUGACGGUGCAGAUGCUGCUGCUGCUGGU